CCGCAGGGCGCCGCCUCCCGCCCUCCGCCGGCGGGCGCAGCCGCCAGGUGGAGCCAAGUUUGUUACCUUUGGGACCUGCCUGUGAAGAACAUGAAAAUUUCCCUCCCAAAAAUGCAGUAACAGACCGAGAGAGUAGCCAACAGAUACAGCAGCUGGAAUUUGAACUCAAAAAAAAGCGCAAAAAAUGUGAAAACCUUGAGCAUGAAGUGAGGAAAAAGCAUAAAAGAUGCAAAGAAUUGGAGAUCCAGUUGCAGGAGAUACAAAAUGAAAAUGCACGACUGACUGAAGAGAACUCGCAGCUAAGUGAGAAGGCUGGAUGGGCAGGACAGGUUGAAUCUGAGAAUGCUGACCUGAAGUUGCAGGUUGUUUUGGUUACUAAGGAACGAGAUUCUGUGAUUCAGACGAAUCAAGGACUCCAAAUCAAGCUGGAGAAUCUAGAGCAGGUGCUGAAGCACAUGAGAGAUGUGGCUGAACGAAGGCAGCAGCUGGAAGUUGAGCACAAGGAAGCGCUGCUAGUCCUGAAGGAGAAACAAGAGGAAGUCAGACGAUUGCAGCAGGCUCAGGCAGAGGCAAAAAGGGAACAUGAAGGAGCAGUACAACUUCUAGAGGCCCGGGUGAAGGAUCUAGAAGAUCAGUGCCGCAGUCAAACAGAGCAGUUCAGCCUCCUGUCUGAGGAACUCAAACAGUUCCGGCUUCAAACAGGAAAAAUAGACCUUCUCACCUCUACACUGGUGACUUCUGAGCCUCCUCUCACUCUGUGCAGCUCUACCCCGCAGCUUCGCUGGGAGAAAGGUUCAACUGUUGUCCCUGCAUUGCUGACUCACCAGGAUACAAAGAAGAUUCACAAUGAAGAGACUGAGUUGGAAACACUACAGCAGAUGCCUGAUGCCACUGUUGGCUCCCCAGUUGCUGCUACUAGCUCUCAGAAACAAGCCAAGAAGGUGGAAUCUCAGUCAAGCUCUUCAAAAUCAGAAUCCAUGCAGAACAGUACAAAAUCCUGCCCGACUCCAGAGGUGGACACUGCAAGUGAAAUGGAAGAACUGGAUGUUGACAGCAUCUCUCUCAUCCCAGAGCCAGGCAGCCAAGGCCCUGCAAAACUGCAAGUCUUCUUAGCUCGAUACAGCUACAAUCCUUUUGAUGGACCUAAUGAAAAUCCAGAGGCAGAGCUUCCACUAAUUGCUGGAGAGUAUAUUUACAUCUAUGGAGACAUGGAUGAGGAUGGCUUCUUUGAAGGGGAGCUGAUGGAUGGCCGGCGAGGGCUGGUCCCCUCCAAUUUUGUUGAGCGAGUUUCAGAUGAUGACCUCAUGACGUUUCUGCCUUCGGAGCUGAAUGAUCUCACCCAUAGUUCAUACCAGGAGAAAAGUUUUGUCAGUGCAAGCACCAGCAGUGGAGAUAAGAGUGAUUACUCCAUUGAAGAGAGUAGCAUCAGCCCAUUGACCAGUAGAGCAGAAGGAGACCAGGAGGAACCUGUUAGACAUACAGCAGUGCCUUAUCCAAGAAAAUUGACUUUGAUCAAGCAGCUUGCCAGAAGCAUAGUUGUAGGCUGGGAACCACCGCUUUUACCAGCUGGCUGCCCAGAAGUACAGAGUUACAACAUCUAUGUGGAUGAGGAGCUACGUCAAAAUGUGAAGAGUGGCUUUCAGACCAAAGCAGUGAUUGAAAAGCUGGAUUUAAAGACAAAGGCUUACCGUGUGUCCGUGCAGAGUGUGACAGAGCAAGGGAGUUCUGAUAGACUGCGAUGCACUUUCUUUGUGGGGCAAGUUUUUUGUGUGGCACCAACUAUGCUGAAGGUCAGGAGCAUCACAGCCACAUCUGCAGAGGUCACGUGGCAUCCCUGCAACAGCAAUUACAAUCAUGCAGUGUAUCUCAAUGGGGAGGAAUGUGACAUAACAAAACCUGGGGUGUACUGGUAUACCUUCCGCAACCUGCAGCCCAGCACUCGAUAUGUUGCCAAGCUGGAGGCCCAGCCCUUGAAAACACCUUGGGAAGAGCUCCCAGAGGUGCAGGAGCAGAACUCAGCUGUGAUACACUUCACUACCCCACUAGCAGGUACUCCUGAUGCUCCUCUGGAUGUCCAAGUGGAAGCUGGCCCUUCCCCAGGUAUCCUAGUUAUCAGCUGGUUACCUGUCACUAUUGAUGCAGAAGGAUCUUCAAAUGGAGUUCGAGUUACUGGUUACGCUGUGUAUGCGGAUGGACAGAAGGCAAUAGAAGUUACAUCUCCAACAGCUGGGAGCAUCCUGGUGGACUUGUCCCAGCUUCAGAUGUUCCAAGUGUGCCGGGAGGUUUCUGUGAGAACAAUGUCUCUGUAUGGAGAGUCAGUGGAUUCAGUUCCAGCCCAGAUUUCCUCAGUCUUGCUGAGAGCCUCUCGUCAUUCUUCACCUUUAGAUUCUGCUGUUUCUACCAGUUUUACCUGUAGGCUGCCCUGUGGAGAAUCCAGGGGUUCUCUGCCUAUGCGCAACCCACCUACACACCAGACAGUUUCGUUCUUUUUUCGACAAAAAGUUCCCAGUGAUGGUUCAGAUGCCAAAUUGACUGAUCUUGCCUCUAGCUGUGAUGGCUCAGCACGGUCUCUACUAGAGAAAGCCUCUUCACAGCUCCAUGUCUCUCCCAGUGCUUCCUUGGUGCAGGUUUCAGGCACUUCCUCACCAGGACUGAACACUGCACAAGACAAGAAAAGCCUGACUGUCCUUCCUCAGCAAGCUGGCAGCACAGUGCUCCCAACUGAGGGCACAGAGCCUCUCUCUUCAAGGGAAGCAGAAUUGAAAGACCCAGGUGAAGGAGUGGAAACACAGAUGGAGCUCUCUGUAACCAGAGCACCAGAGCUGGAAAGCCAAUCCAACAGCAGUUUGAAGACACGUAUGGAGACCUGCCUUGCAUGCUCUGUGGAGGAUUCACCAAAAGGACCCAAUGCUGAAAGAGAGGCAAAGGAGAGGCAUUUGAGUCCAGAGCCACUGCCCUCCCCCAGUCAGGCUGAAGGAGUAGAGAGCAUUUCCCAAGAUUCAAACACAAGUGGGAGCAUCUGCCAAGAAUUCCUGAGAUUGUCCCCUGGCAAGGAGGUGACAAAAGAAAUGUCCAGAGGAGACUCUGGAGUAGUGUCUAGAGUGAAGAAAGAGCAAGAAGAGAAAAUGUCUGAAAUUGGAAGACGGCAGCUGGCCCUUUUUGCUGAGCACAACCGUAGUUCUGACCUUUCAGAUAUUUUGGAAGAGGAGGAAGAAGAGGACCUUUCUUCAGAAGUGCUGGAAGAGAAGAAACGGGAUGCAAGGGAGCCCGGUUACAGGGAGAAUGAGGAAAAGGUACAGAUGGAUCUUUGUGAUACUGACAGCGAUGAGGAGAUUCUGGAGAGGAUACUAGAACUCCCACUUCAGAAGAACCACAGCAAAAAAUUGUUUAGCAUCCCAGAAGUGACUGAGGAUGAGGAAGAAGAUGAGGAUGAGAAGUGUGUUCUGGAGGAAAAGGCAGAACCUCAAAAAUCCAUGGAAAGGCUUACUCACCCUGCAGGAAGAGCAGAGAAGCCACUUGACAUCCAGGAGCCAUUUCUAAAGCCAGAUGGAAGUGAUAACUCCCCAGAUCUGUCUGCUCAGACUCUGCAGGAGGAGGAUGCUGUUAAGGAGAGUGGAGGGGAUGCUGACCAAGAGAAUCAUACCUUUGGGCAGCUGGCUUGGAAUCAGAAAAGGGCAAACUGGACCUGGGGCUACCAGGAGAGCGAUAUGAAGUCUAUGACUGGAGCGAGUUCCCCUUGGAGCAAGAAGAAGGGAAAUAAUUACAGAGAGAGGAUCCGGAGUCGGCCUGAGAUGGGUAGGAAGAAACAGAAUGAUUUCACGGAGCACUGCAGUCGUCUGCUGGGCAACUGCAGCCCGUUGGGAGGCGGGUUAUACAGAGCUCCUAGCCUCAGGGAAGAGCUGAAUGUUGUGAGCAGUGCUGGCAGUAAGGAGGGGUUUGAUGUGUACAGUCAUGCCAGACAAGGCACCUCACGAAAAAGCCACAGGAAGGCAGCGGUUUCAUGUCUCACAGAGGCUCCUGUGGUGGCAACACACUGCUCUGGCCCUAGGAGCCUGGAAAUAGACAUUGAAUAUGACUCAGAAGAUGAUCAGGAUUUGACCUGCGCAUCCCCCCCUGAGAUCAGGCCAUGGCCAGAUGGCAGACUAGAAGGAUCUCAGAGCUGCCAGGGAGAAUGGAGUGAUUGUUCCAGUCAAUGUGAGGUUGCCUGCAUUGGUGGCAGAAGGGACCUGACCAGAUGGGAGAUGACUGAAGAACAGGGUAUGGAGUGGGCUGGGUCUCCGAGCAGUCGCCUGCGAUUCCGCUGCCGGGAUAAGGAAGUGCUGAGGUGUGAGAGCAGCUCUGAGGAGCAGGGCUGGGAAUUGGACUGUAAGUCACCUGGCUGGAGAAGGAGGCUCGAACAUCCUUGGAAGGGGAUACGUAGCACCUCCUUGCACAAAAGGGCUUCUGGUAAUAAAGAUCCUAGGGGCCAGGAGUUGCCUGGCUCAGCUGCCUGGCAGGCUCCCAGCAGAAGAGGAAACAAGAGCAUAAGAAGAAGCCAAGUGCAGAAACCUUUGCUUUCUAGUCCAGGUCCUCCAAGAAGCACAGCUUCAGAAACUGCUGUUAAAGAUGAUGCCAUUAGGAUAUUUGUGGCCCUGUUUGACUAUGAUCCUGUGUCUAUGUCUCCUAAUCCUGAUGCAGCAGAAGAGGAACUCCCAUUUAAGGAGGGGCAGAUCCUGAAGGUGCAUGGAGACAAGGAUGCUGAUGGCUUUUACAGGGGUGAAUGUGCAGGAAGGGAAGGGUACAUCCCCUGUAACAUGGUAUCUGAAGUCCAGGUGGAGAAUAAUGAAGUCAAGAAGCAGCUCUUAAAGCAAGGGUUCAUUCCUGCUGACGCACCGAUGGAGAGUGUAGGAAAUGGCACAUUUUCUCCACCUCCACGCCGCCAAACCGUCCCUCCUCCAAAACCCAGACGCUCCAAGAAAGAAUUGAAUAAACAAGAGAAGUGCAAGUCUCAGCCAGAACAUAAGCAUCAGGACUUUGAAGCUGAACUGCUCCCUGCUCGAAGUAUGGUGGCUGUGUUUGACUAUAACCCCAAGGAGAGUUCUCCAAAUGCCGAUGCAGAGGCUGAACUGACUUUCAGUGCAGGGGACAUUAUCACUGUGUUUGGGUCCAUGGAUGAUGAUGGAUUCUAUUAUGGAGAACUAAACCAACAGAGAGGGCUCGUGCCAUCUAACUUCUUAGAAGCUGUACCUUUGCAUGGAGGCACAGUUGAGGAACUUCUUUCAAAAGAUAAAGAAGCUUUUCCAUUGAGUGCUGAGAGCCAGUUAAAUCCAGAUGGGUCUGCUGACCAGAGAGACUUCUCACCAACUCCUCCUGCUGUACAACCCUCCUGCUUUCUCAUGGGCGAGCAGUGUCCAGAGCAGGCAUCGCUGGCAGUUCUCAAAUGCAGUGAUUUACCUGAUCAGAGUAAAAAGAAGAGAGGCUUCUUCUUCAAAGGGAAAAAACUCUUCAAAAAACUUGGGUCCAAUAAGAAGAAUUAACAAAGAAUUUUUUUCUGUGUGUACGUUGUCCACACAGGCACUGGAAAUUCAGGAGAAGUCCUCUGCAAUAGGCUUAUUAGAGUAUUUUCAUAGGGAAAAAGUAUACAUUGAACAGAGAAAACCCUUCAGUGGGUUUGCAAGCCACGGUCUCUGCCGAAAGCCCACCCAGCACAGGCAGUGGCUCUGGACACAGUAUCAUGGCACUGGGGUGUAUGAGGCCUCAGCUCUAGGAUACAGCUACGUCCACAGUAGUGUGUCCUGCUCCAUGCAGCCCUCAAUACACCAGUUCUCUGUAAAUAUUUUAAUUUAAAAAUUAUAUUCUGCCUGUAACUGUAGCUAAAUGGCUUUUCCCAGCAAAGCCCCAGCCCCUUAGGAAGAGCUCCCUUGUACUAUACACCCUGGUAUCACUAGUCUAAAGGAGAUUGUCUCGACUCCUUCGCUUCCUUCAAAGAACAUUUGCACUCUUCUGUUCCCAUGAAUCCCCUUGGCCGUUUCUGGGCUGAUGAGUGAGUUAUUUGUACUGUAAACCUGUAAAUAUGCAGCUGUGCCUAGGAGCGUCCCACACUGCCUCAGUCAUAUUUCAGCACAAGGGUUCUCAUGGAGGAAGGAGUGAUACCCUGAAUGGGGCCAAUACUUCUACAUAUAACAUGGGCUGCUAUAAGCUGCUGUUGGCUUGUUCACCUUGACCACAUGCUGGCUGGGGACUCCGCCUUAUUUAUUUAUUUAUUUAUUUAUUUAUUUAUUUAUUUAUGUCUGCCUCUUUCAUGGUUUUGUUUGGCUGUUUUAAUGGACUGCUCCUGAGUUGGAGCAUUUGGAAAGCAGAGCUGGGGAUGAAGAGUUUGCAGCUAUUUUCAUAUGAUAUGAUGUGUUUCUUGAGUUAAGACACAUCCCUUUAUAAGCCACGGAGAGUUUUGUACUAUAUGGUUUCUAUCCUUUUCAGUGUUUCUUUCUUUGCAUGUUUCAAUAGGGUAUUUGUUUUAAGAAAGACAGUUAUGUGAGGUAUGUGAAUGAUGCCAGCACAAUGUCCACAGUGUUGAUUAUAUAGUAUGUUUUUAUUUAAUAUCAAAUUUUAUUAUAAUAAAAUCUAUUUUCACAAAAA